AUGGCCAUGGUGUCUUUGGGCUUGGUGGCACUGCCUGAAGAACAUUUCGAGAAAAACGUUAGCAAUCCGGGCAAGGUGGCACCAGCAAAGGCCCUUUUGACCCAUCAAACUCCAGUUGCAGCCAUCAAGCAUGCAUUGCGCCAAUCAGCACGGGCUUUGGGGACAUCAGUGAGUGACCCCGAACAUAUCCGCAAGAAGCUUCCACCCACAGAGGAUUGCAAAGCGCUCAUGGCUGCCGGCCGCAUCUGGGUGAUUUUCAAGCUGGAGAUCCCAGAGGCCGAGUUCCAUCUCGAUUUGAAGUCUGGAUAUGUGAAGAAGCAAGCCGGAAGCGGCUUUGAGAUUCAGACCUGGGACCCUCUCAGCCCGAAGUGGCAUGCGUCCACUGCAUCCAGGAUGCCCGAGGCUCCAGCUUGGUCAUUCUAUGUUGGAAUCAGUGCCGACACGGCAGCUAGGAUCCUUGCGGACCCUACUGAGGCCCGUGGCUACAUCUUGGAAUCCUUCCAACACCGGGACAUGGGGAACUUGGUGUGCAAGCAAGCUGGGCAUAAAGUUGCUCACUUUUUGGCCGGCGUUUACGCCAUUCCAUUCUUUGAAGACAAGUACGGCUGCGCCUUGCUCCAGUCAAUUUUGGACGAGAAGAAGGCGGAGGAGAAGAGCCACAUCCUGACGAUCAAGGUAUCGUGCUUGGAUGUUGCAGCAACGCUGCAGCAUGUCCCCGGCAUGUCCUCCGUGUGGGUUCCACGCGAUAUGGACAAUCUAUACAAGUGUCCUUUCCAUGUGUCUUUGGCGACAUUUGCCUUGGCUGAUCAUUGCGUUCAAGAAGCCCAGCCUGCCAGCCUAUAUCGCGAGAAGAAGCAAAACGUUGAAUUGUAUGACUCGCGCAAGAGGUUUGGAUGUCUCCAUGAUUUUCCAUCGCAGGCUCCUGCCACCAAACGGCCUGCAGAAGCUGAAAUCGAGUGUGGCAGUGCAGCCAAGAAGUUGACGACAGCAGAAGCUGCGAAGUUUGCGGCAGAAACCGUCAAGGCUUUGAAGCCUCGUGACCAGCAGCCUCCGGAGAACAUCGUGCCAGUGAGCAAAGUGGUUGCAGCAUCACCGCAGACAGCUGGCAUGCCACCGGUGCUGCAAGUGCUUCAAUCCUUGCCGACUUUCCUUUCGAAAGCUGCCUUGCCAUCAGCUGCAUCUUUGGCAGACCUAGCACCGCUGGAGAUCCAAUCAUCACAGUCCCAGGGCCUCAAGAACUUCAAGGAGAAGUGGAGCCCGGCAAAUUGCCUGCAGGCUAUCCAACAUAGUGGCCUCUACGAAGCCGGCCGUUCGCUGUACUGGCUGGACCCGGGCUUGAGCUCCAACGACACAUUGCUGCUUGAAGAGCCGCCCUAUGCAGAAGUCCUUGAGGCCGAGCAGAUUCUUUGCUGCAGCCAUGGGGCCGGAGAUCGCUUCUUCUUUCCUGGCGCUUUUGGGUGCUUUGCUCCCAAGCAUGUGUUGAACACGGGUGAGCUACCAACCAAGCUGUCUCUUCUGCACAAGCACACGCAGCUCUAUGCCUGGUACGUUGCUAUGUGCAGGGCAUGCCUGGACACGGAUUUGGAGCAGAUCAAGAAGCUUCAUGAGAUGGCCUUGACUGUCACUGUCAGGGCAUUGGCCACGACCGAUAGCAUCAGCGUGACCCUGGAGAUCCUCACGGUCAACGACAAGUCUCGACAGGGAAGCAAUUCGGACACCUUUUUGAUGUUCGCAAAGAAGGUCCAAUGCAUUGAGCGCCAGCAGGCCGCAACAACCAAGAAGGAUCUUCUCCAGAGCUUGAUUUCCAAGAAUGUGCGCUUCAACGGCACCAAGAUCAACAAGACUGUUCUUGAUGGGGCCUUGAAGGUGGCAGGCAUGCUGAGCGAUGCAUCUUCUGAGAUCCUGUCUCGCAUCCAGCGAGAACAUGGCCGAGAUGUUUUCUCCAACAAUUAUUCCAAAUUGGCCCGCUUGUGCACGCGAUGUCAGAAGCAAGUGGCUACUUUGGAGAAUGUUGGUGCUGGAGGCGGCGCUGAAACAUUGCUUGAGUUCACCUUGGGGGCAGCCUAUGUGGCAGUGGCCCGCAACCAAUGCAGCCCGGACUUCUUCAACGUGGAAACCAUAGACCCGCGCGGUGACGAGGUGGGCUGGGCUUGCGGGACCUUUGCUAAGAUUGCAGUUGCGCACCAGAUGGUUCAGCUCGCUGAAGCUGCUUGGCAACAAGCCCCUGUGGGAAGCUUGAAAGACGAAGCCAGAAAGACUUCAGACGCUUUGAAGAAGCUCGGCACACCUUUGGCUUUCCAUUACGCUGUGCCCAAAGAGGUGGAUGCUGGCUGCAGCAACGCAGCAGAAGAUGUGCUUGAGGUGUCCAACCCAUGUUCCCACCUCUUGAAGCCGGAUGUGACCACCAAGCUGGCGAAGAGCAUGCGCUCAUGCACCGCCCUUGCAAUUUCCCAUGUUUCGUGCGAAGCCACGUCAGCACCGCCUGUCAGCUUGAGGGAUCUUGUGAAAGGGGAUGACGAGCAAGAGGAUGAGCAGAAGACUGCAAGGGAAGCAGAGCGAAGCCACUUGUGGCGGGAGGCGCAGACGCUUGGGAAGAAGUACGUGCAGUUGGGCCUCUGGCAAGGCCGCACAAUGGAUUCGCUGGCUACUUUGUUUGCAAAGAGCCCGGCCAAAAAUUUUGAAGGAGUUCUGAACGACAGCCACCAAGCCUUCGUGCCUGCCUUGGACAGAGCAUCGUUGCAGCCAGCCUUUGACUUCAUGAAAGCACAGUGCAAGGAGACCUCGAUGCUCUUGCUCUUUGAUGGUGGGUCGCGCUCGAACCGCCAAUUGAUCGAGCAGACGUUUGGCGACAAGGUCCCGGGCGGCGGCGGGCUGUUUGAUUGGAUUGUGCUCUACCGGCUCUACCGCUCCACAAAGAGUGCGCCAGGGAAGAGGAAUCGAAAGGUGUUUGCUGGCUCUGUCCGUUGUGAAACGGCCUUCCUCCGACUAUCAGUCCCACGGGUGAGGUUGGCUGUGAAAGCCCGGGAGGAUGACUUCACGUCGAAUGAGGAGUGCAACACCAAUGAUUUGCACAUGGUCAACGUUUCCCCGCCCGGAAAGUUGCCUCGCAUUCUCCGGUCUGACAAGACCCGUAUCUUCCCCGAUGCCACUGUCCACAACACGGUGAAGUCCUCCUCUGUGCCGCUGCUUCUUGUCAAGAUUUCAAGCCGGGAUUUGUUUGAUGACGGCUUGGGCAUAGAAUCUUGGUAG